AUGGCGGGAUCUCAUGACCGCCGAGGCCGCAGCCGCCGGCGGCGGCGGCGCUCAUCACAACGGCGGGAUGAUGCAGAAGAAGGCGUCGAUGGCGGCGAUGAGGGAGAUGAUAUUCCGCAUCGCCGCCAUGCAGCCGGUCCACAUCGACCCGGAGGCCGUCAAGCCGCCCAAGCGGCGGAACGUCAGGAUCUCCAAGGACCCGCAGAGCGUGGCGGCGCGUCACCGCAGGGAGAGGAUCAGCGAGAGGAUAAGGAUCCUCCAGCGGCUGGUCCCCGGCGGGACGAAGAUGGACACGGCGUCGAUGCUCGACGAGGCCAUUCACUACGUCAAGUUCCUGAAGGGCCAGGUGCAGUCACUGGAGAGAUCAGCUCGGCCUCCGGAGGCGGCGGAGGGGAUGCACGCGCCGGGUGGCGGUGGUGGUGGUGGGAUUGGAUUCCCCGUGGCCAUGGCCAGCGGGAGUUAUGUUGGUGUCGCGGGGAAAGGUGGCGGUGGUGGUUAUCAUCAGACGACGUCGCAGCAAGAUAUUCCACACUACGGGGAUGCUUAAUUUGA